AUGAGGAACACAACAAAAGAUGAGAAGCUUGGUGAGAAGUUGACUCCGGUUGAUAAGAAGGUUGAUGAUGCUAUUGAUGAGGCGAUUGUAUGUGGUGGUUCUCUCACCCUCGACGAAACCGCCGCUGCUGCUUGUGUGUCGAAUUUUGUUAUAAGGUAUGAGACGAGAAGUAGAAGAUGUUCCCGAGUUGAUGCAUCUUAUACAAUCACGGUUGCCGUAUGA